AUUCGAACCGAGGGCCUAUGUUUCUCCGUUUUAGAUGAGGAAUAAGAUGAUCCACAGAAAAAAGAAACUCAUCUUUGCGUGGAUGUUCACGUGCCUUUUGCUGGGUAAGACUAUGAAAUGGUAUUAUAUGAUUCAGCAGCGGGAUUUACACUGGAAGAAGGCGUUCUUAUGAGUAAUGUAUGAGAUCACUCGCACAGUAAUUUUAGCACGUUUGUACCAUAUUCGGGAACAGUGUCAUCAGAGGAUAGUGUCAGCUAAACCUCGAUAGUGGAAAGGUUUAAUAAAUUGAGAGUUUUUAUCAACUUUGCAGGGAAUCAGUGCUUAGCAGUUACCAAACAGUGGCUACCCAACACAAAUUUUGAUAAUCCAGCUAACUGGAAUAAGGGAAGAGUGCCGUGUGCAAAAGACAGAGUGCAACUUCAUGGGGUAAGGAACGAGGCCAUAUUUAUAACGGCAGAUAAGAUUUCCGCACAGCACCAUACUUUAUUAUGCAUAUAGUUCUUGGAUAAAGAAAACAAUGGCGUAAACAAUAGAUUACCUUUGGGACUACGGUAUUGUUUUAGAAUAGUAUGGGUUUGUGCGGAAAUCUUUCAAAGAGUAUUGUUACUGAAUUGAUUUGAUACAGUAAACAAUUUUUCUGUAAAUGUGAACAUCAACCUCUGGGAAGUAGCGCUUCUCUGACGUGAUGGCCAAUCCUGAGUAUCCAUUUCUUUCAUUUUUAUGUAAAUUACAGAGUAACUUGUGUUGCUGGAGUCAAUUGCACAAAACUGAUCAAUCUGAUUACAGGAAAUUAAUUUUGAACAUUGAAUUCAAUCUUAAUUCCUUGUCAUGUAUCUUUGUGCUUUUUUUUUUUCCUGGACAAUGCCUGGCACAACUAACCCUUUUCACCGUAACAUCAGUAUGCAUAUUCUCCAUACUGUUCUCUAUACAUCUCCAAAGUUGCUGACAAGAAGAAUUUGUUUAACAAUCAAGAUCUUCUUAAGUUUGUGAUCAUUUCCUUUAUUCCUAUGAUCUUAAUGUUUGAAUCAGGGCUGAUAUUGUUAGGAGAAAUUAGAUGCUGGUCACUCUUAAGGAUCAAAGGGUUAAACAUGGAUUGACAAGACUGAAUUUAUUAGAAACUGGUAAUUUAGUGUUAACAACUGAGUUGAAAAUGUAAAUUGGCCACCAUAAAGGUAAAAAAGCUGACAUUUCGAGUGUCAGCCCUUCGUCAGAGCAACUCGAAGAGCUAAUGCUCAAAAUGUCAGUCUUUUUACCCUUUACAGUGGCCAAUUUAUGUUUUCAACUCAGUUGUUAAUGCUAAAUUACCUGUUAUACUCUCCCACUGAUGCAACACCACAGUUUCUUUAGAAACUUAACCCCUUUAUUUAUUUGAACUAUUGUAUGCUUCAAGCCUGUAAGGUUGUCUCUGUAAAACAGCUAUAAAUUUAAUUAUAUUAAUUAAGUAAACCUGGCCAUUUGCAGAACAAGCCGGUCUCUGUUUCUCUAAGGAGCAGUCAUAUUAUUUCAUCUUUGGUGAGUGACUUUGAACAGAGUUUAGUUUUGAAUGUUGAGAACAUGUGAUUGACUAGGACAAAUUCAUAUUACAUAGAUGAAUGUAAUGAAUGAUCACAUCGUAAACUGUCCACAAAUUUUGCAGUAAUUUUUGCAUACUUAAUUAUUAUAGUAUAGUUAAUAUAUUAUUAUUUUAAUUAUUAUUGUCAAUUAAUGAUAUAUUUAUUGUGGCAUUUAGUAGAGGCUAGCUCUAAACAACCCAUAGAAGAGACACAGGCACCAUUAGAAUGCCCAAUUUUUAUGGAAAAAUAUAACAGUUUAGUACUACUAAUUUGAAUGCUAAAAUUGUAAUUUCCUCAUUUUGAUAUAUUUACACAUUUGAUUUACUAUUUGGGACAACCUUCUUUUAAGUUUUCACUAUCUAAUUUCAAAUUCUGAGUGCAAGUGUAUUUACAUAAUCUACUUGCCACUGAGUAAUUAUUAAUUCUUGCAGAGUUUACCAAUGAAUGGAGAAGUGCUCUUUUAUGAUGGUGCUGAGUUAAGUUUCAAUGAAGAUGUAUCAACUGAUUGUGAAGGUGAAUAUCCAUUGGAAAUGAAAUAACUAUAGACAAUACUAGAAACAACAACCUGAAAGGAUGUUUGUCACCAUGGAAAACAGUCCCCUAAAGCUCAGUGGUAGAGCAUCGCAAGUACUGAUCAAAGGUUGUAGGUUCAACCCCUGUUGGAAAAUUCUUGUGGUUGACAUUAACUAAAUGUUUUGACAACCUGAGCAGAGGUUAUUCAUCAGAUUUGUGGUGUAGUCUAGUCUAGUCAGAUGGUCUAGUCUAGUCUAGUCAGUAUGACUAUACCAGGUGAUCUAGUUUUUAUUAUAGGGAAUAAUUAUUCAAGUUUCAAGUUUACUGCACAAUGUUGCUUAUUGAAUCUAGCCAGUUACAAUAUUAUAUCUUCUUAAUGCUAUACUUACCUCUUUACACUCUAAGAUCGAUACAUAUAUUUUCUAUACUGUUCUUCAUUUGUUUCUUAUGGUAAUGACAAAGAGAAUCUGUUUGACGAUCAUAGGCUUCUUUAGAUGGGGAUCAUUUCCUUUAUUCAUGUGCCCUUAAUGUAUGUUAUUAUAAGGAGAAACUAAAAACCAGCUACUCUUAGGGGUUAACCCUUUAACUCCCAGAAGUGAUUAAUAUGUAACCUCCCCCAAAAGUAUCCCUACAUUAUCCCAACUAACAGGUAAUAAGAAUACGCUAAUUAAUCAGGCAAAAGAUGUUAUCUUGAUCUAACAACAAGUUCUCAUAACUAAUUAACAAGGUAAUGUCAAGUAGCAAGAGGGGAGAAUUGACAAUCAGAUCAUGGGAGUUAAAGGGUUAAAUGACUAGUUUUCUCACAGCAGAGUCAAAACAUAAUUUGUGUUUGCCUUUCCUUUUUAUCAUUCUCUCUCUCAGAAUAUUCUCUCUCUCAGAGCCUGCUAAAGACUGAAAGGAAUUGUGAUUGAUAUUGAGCACCAUUUUAUUUCCUUUGAUAAUCAGUGGUUCAAACUUAAUUACGUAAAUAAAUGUUGAAACCUUUUUGUUUUGAAGAUCCUGGUGACAUUCACUUUGUAGCAUCCGUCCAAAACUGGUUUAACCCGUACAACUGGCAACAGAUAGGAGUCAACAAAGAGCCAUUCAGGUCAUCCCCAGUCUCCAUCCUUCAUACAGACAAUGUGCCUUGUGUACAUGACACUGUUGUCUUUCCACAGGUGAUUCAAAUAUAAAAUAACUUUCAAAUUUAUGUUGAUUAAUUAAAAAGAUUGAGGUGAGGUGCUAACAAAUAUUAGUCAAAUCCUUUGUGACACGCUGGAAACCUCUAAGGUAGUCCUGCUGGAAAACACUUAUUUUCAUGAAAAGUGGUUUUCAAGGGGGAAGCCCUUAGCUAUGAAGUUACAGAAAAGGAUGGAUUAGGUCCCAGAUAUUUUAUGUCUCUGGAGCAUGUAUUAGAGAGAGACAAGCUCUUUAAUUUUACAUGAUUGUGGUAAUUUCAGGAGAUUAUACUUGUAAGCUCUAACAACCAACGAAAGAUGAACUGUUCUUUGGUUUUCUUUGUAGGCCAGCUCCUUUAUGGUCAAGUCUGUUUUGCCUGUCAGGGUAGCAGCUGUUGAACUGCUUGGGGAGGUUUGUUUUUGCCUCCAAAUUACUGACUCUGUAGUUAUCUUUGUGUAGCUUUUGUAAUGUAAUCUCUUUACUUUUGAUUGAAAGUUUUUCAAAUAAGUGCAAAAAUACCUUCAACCCUUUGCAUCAUAGCAUCAAUAUGCUUACUCUCCAUACUGUUCUUAUGGAUUUCCUAAGACGCUGACAAGGAGAAUCAAGAGCCCACUCUUCCUUUUUGCUAUUUGCUGCUGUCAUUACUGUUUCCAUUCUGACUGAUUUUGUUUCCAGGCACAAAAUUCCAUAAGUUUUAAGGAUUUCUAUAACAGUGCAUCUGGAAGCAUGCAGUUCAACUUUAUUGGUCCAACUAAUAUCACAGCAGUGCAGUGUGAUGACAGGACUGGCUGUGCAUGUGGAUAUUGGAAGGUACUGUCUACAACAAUCAAACAGGCUCAUUGAAAUUAAGACUCAAACUGUGAUUGUAGUUCUCAUUUUAAGUCAAAAUGAUUUUCACCUUUAAUAAAAAAAUUUUGAAACACCUUUUAACCCAAGUAAUUGAUCAUUGCAACAUUUAACAAUAAAAAUUAUUAUUCAUUGAAGUGGAGUUGAAGAGAGGUGGAUAUUUGCUGAGGCUUGAAGCCUUGAGGUAAAUAUCCACCACUUUCACAAACACUUCUUUAAGGUGAAUAUUUAUUUUAUAAUAUAUCAAAUGGAAACCAAAAAAUUAUUAUAUUUCUGUCAGUGUACCAAAAAAUGUGCUUAUUUUGUCUCUUUAGCUGCUGGGGGUUGAAUAGUACUCACCUAUUACAUGUAUAUGUGAACUAGCCAAUCAGUGUAUGCAGAAAGUUCUUACCUGUCACCUGUGUGGUAUAUACUGUGUAAUAAGUUUUUAUUUGUACUGUAAAUCAUACUUUAAUAAGCUGUCUUGGAGCUGAAUCAUUCAUUUUUAGGCCUCUUGAGGAAGGGAAGGAGGGCUUAACUAGGGUUGGACAGCUUCUAGAAAGUUCAGCUUUGUAAAAAUCAGUCCAAAAAUGAUAUUUCUUCUAAAUCAUUGACUGGCUUAUUUGUUUUGGUGAACAGUUUGCUGAAACCAUCUGUAGCCAUGUGAAAUGUGAGGAGCCUAUUUGUGCUGGUGCUUUUAGACCAGAAGGAAGCUGUUGUGAUGUCUGUGGUUAGUUGCCCUUUUUUAUAGAAAAGUCAAGAAUUAGGAAUUAAUAAAUAAAUGGCUUUCUCAAUUUGGGAGAAAGUGCUGUUUCAGUCCACCUGUAAGAAAUUAACCCCAGAGUAAAUGUAUUGGCAUAUACAACCACUUAUGGAACAAUAUGUUGUGGUUUGUCAUGUUAACAUUUCAGGAGUGGAAAAGCACAUUUUGCAACAUUGUAAGAACUCUCUGUGAAUUUUAUUUUAUGAAUAGGAACUUUGCUCGGACUAAGUUUGGAGCAAGACUUCACAAUGAAUGAUUUCAAACAUCGGCUGGCAAAUUUCUCUCAGACUGUAAGUUGCACAUUUACUGAUAUGUUUGUUUUUAAAAUUUUUACCAUCAUGACACCGCUGUUGUCAUAAUGUUCUCUUUUAUCACACUUCCUAAAAUUAAAUGGAUGGAAAUCUCAUUUGACAAGCAACCUUCUUCACAUAAUUUCUAAUAAAAGUCAGCUCAAUUGUCAUCAGGCUUCUUUUCAAAAGCCUCGGUGAAUUCUGGAGCUCAUUAACUUUACCCUUUAACUCCCAGAUCAAAUUUGUAAUUCUCCUUACUGUCAACCAUACAAUUCUUAUAAUGUUAGUUCAGUGAAUUUAGUAUUGGAUCAACAAAUUAUCCCCAAAUUGAUAGUUUUCUUUAUUCUCAUCACUUAUCUGGUUGAUAUUGUAUCAAUAUUGUAAGGAGAAAUUCUCUCUUGGUCACUUAUGGGAGUUAAAGGGUUAAGGUAAUAACUUUGAUUCUAUUUGCACAUUGUGCAUUUUUGAGUGAUGGACAACCUCUCUUUGAGUCAUGACUUGCAAGAAAUUUUCUGUGGAACACAUGGAUUUGAGAAUGUUAUCAGUUAAUUAAUGUGAUGUUGUAGUUUGUGUAUCAACAUCAGUAUGUGAGUGACUGCUCAACUACCCCUCCCCAAACCCAACAAUCAACUGAUAACAAGUGAAGGUUAAUGUUUGGUCAGGGGAGGGGUAGGUACAUAGUUGCUCAGAUGCUGACAUGUAUACUAGUUUGUUGUGUUUACAUCAGAUUAAUGAAAAACCACCUUCUGCAACAUUGUAAACAAUCAUUCCCUCAAGUAAAUUAUUGAGAUUCUUCCAAUAUUGCAAUGUAUUGGAUACAUAAGUAGCAGCAGAUUUCUUGUUGUUUCAUCCCAAAUCUUUGUUGAAGUGUAACUGAAUAAUCCUAGUACAACAAUAAUGGUAUAUUUUUCUCAUCCAUAAGGAAUAUGAAGGAGUAAGUGUUGCAACUUCCAAAACAGAAUCAAACGUUGUCCAAGUUUUGUUAAUAGAUCAGGAGGGUGGUAAGUGUUGUGUGUGACCAUAUAAUCUUUGCUUGCUGUCUUAAAUUUUUGUCAUGGCUUUCAAAGGAAAAAAUGAACAAAUUUACACACUGUUACAAAAUUGAUAUCACCAAUUUGUCACCAAUAUGCAACUGGCAGUAAGAACUGUAAGCUUUAUCAAUUCUUCAAGUUCAACUUUCUCUAUAACACAUCUGUCAUAUCUGUAAGCAAUGUAAUGACAACUUCACUUAGCUAAGGAACCAUGAUUUGCCAUACAAGUGACCCUAGGGCUGUUAAAAGUUAUUGCCAUCCACUCAUGAACUAAUUUUCUAUAGUUGUGGGUUUGGAAUUUGUUUUAUCUUCUUGAAUUUUUUCUCUCAGCUAUCUCCCUUUUUUUAAUAGGCAAUGGAGCACAGAAGGCUGCUGAACAACUCAAGGAAGUCUUGAUUUCAGGUGGAAGUCUAUUUGUUUUCAUUUUUGCUUUGCAUGAACAACAUGUUGUGGAUAGCUUUUUUAUUGGGUGAUAAUGAAAAAAUUGUGCCAAAAUUCCUAUUUAGAGGAGAUUUUCUUUUCCUCACCCUUUCCCCUUUCUCUCUCCCUUUAUUUUUUCUAUAUUUGCUGUUAGUAGUGAGUGAAUGUUUCCUUGCCUGGAGGGCUUGUGGUUGGGUUUCCAGUUACUGCCUGCCAUAUAAGCGUUGUUCUUUCUAGAAGGGACUGCAUGGCUGACUCUUUUUGUCCAAGGCUGUGUUGUUCAAAGCUAGGUUAAGAUAACCUUGAGUUGGUGUGAAAUUUUAUUUCAGUUCUGAAAGCUUUUAAAAAAAUUUGUUAUAAUUCUUUUUUUCUACAAUAUGAUUAUUGGAUGCUCUAAAAGGAAUUUAGAAAAUUAUCCAAGAAAGGCUCUUGAAUAGAGAAAUAAAGAAACCUGGAUAAAAAUUUAACCCUUUACACCCUGAUAUCAGUUUACAUAUUCUCCAUACUGUUCUCUAUACAUUUCCAAGGAGAAUUUGUUGAACAAUCAAAAGCUUCUUUAGUUGGUGAUCAUUUCCUUCAUUGUCAUGAACUUACAGUUUUAUUCAAGGGUGAUGCUGAAAGAAGAAUCUAGAUGUUAGUCACUCUUAGGGGUUUAAGGGUUAACGCAGGGUUAGUGCUAAUUGGCGUUUGAAGAACUGGACCCAGGUUUUUGUCCUACUGUGUUCUGUGUGGCUAUGUAAAAUAUCAAUAAAUCAAUUUAAUUUUUUUUCUUUUUUUCAGAUAAAAGUUUCAAUGUGGCUGGUGUCAGGGUUCUUGAACAGUCAGGUGACAAGGCUAUUGCUGGUAAGAAAACAGGUUCCUGCGCCUCUGUCACUCACACUAGUUGUUCUUCCUGUUCUUGGUCUAGUUGUGCGAAGGCUGAUUAGCACUAACCCAGGGUUAAAUGUUAAAUGGGGUUUCUUUAUUCCUAAUAUUCAAAAGCAUUUUUCCUAUUCUUUUUAGAACAUCCAGUCAUCAAAUUGAAGACAAACAGAAUUGCCUUGAAUUUCCUUUCAAAGCUUUCAGAUCUGAAAUAAGAUUUCACACCAACCCUGGGUUAUCUUGACCCAGCUUUAAACAACCUAGUCCUGAUCAACAUAUUUUACAAACUUCGUUAUUAGCCCUCAAACUCUUAGGUGUGACCAAGACAGAAUUUCUCCUUACCAUACCAAUACAAUAUCAAGCAAACAAGUGAUGAGAAUAAAGAAAAAUAUAAACCAGGGGAUUACAAGUUGAUCCAAUACCAAAUUCUUUAAUGAAACUAACUUGCCUAAUAUCAUAACAAUUAUAUUGUGGUGAGUAAGAAGUACCACUGAGAUCUUGGAGAUGAAAGGAGUAAAUGUCUUAGUCUCGCUUUUAACUCAAAUUAAGUAUAACAAACAAUAAUUGAUCCAUAAUUUCACCUAAACAGAGAAACCAGAGAACAGUUUGAUCAUUCCACUGGCAGUAGGACUUUGCCUUCUCUUCCUGUUUAUAGUUGCUGUCAUAUUCCUAAUCUGCAGUUGCACAAAAAGGUACCAUCAUUGUUUGGUUUACACCAAUUAUUUAAGCAUAGUAACAGGUAACGGUUAUAGGUGUAGGGAUUAUCAUAUUUUAUAAACCAAAUGAUAAUGUCCUGAUAUGAAAGCAGAGUGUCAAUGUAGUCUGUACCUUUGGGUCUCUGGACUUCCUCAAACUUUGGGCAAUGAUUAGAAUAACCUGGACAUAUUAUUCAGAAUGCUUAAAGGAGCCAUCCUAGGAAUGUGCUCAAAUUAUUUCUUUAAAAUCAAGGUAUCGAUUUAGUUACAUAGUUAUAUUAACACUUUUUCAUUGUCAUCUGUACAUUUUUGUUAGUGUUAACAUUUUUCCAUUUGUUGGAAGAACCCCUCUGUAAAGCACUAUUGUAGUGAAGUGGGUAUCCUGAAUAAGGACUAACUAAAAAUGAUAUGCUGAUGCUUUUCUAAUGUUUGUUUUGAAGACAGAGCUACCCAUUUGUUACAGUGGCAGAUGGUGAUAUUGAGCUUACCAACAUUGGUAACAACCAAGCUGUAGAUUAUAAAGAGAAUGGGGAGUUGGGGGAGAAGCAAUCUUCUGGUCAGGAUGCUUCUGGCGAGGUUAGAGAGUAAUUUACAGGAAAAGAAAAAAAGGAAAAUUUGUGUAAGAAAAGAAAGACUUUUGGGGCCACUGAUUUGUUCCAUUGAGUUGCACAGUGGAGGACUUGAAUUAAGGGCUACUGAGUUACAACUCCUGGACUACCACGACUGGUUUGAUUCCAGUGGGUGAAAUUUUUCCAAGAUGCCUUCCGACCUUUUGCUCCAACUUAUCGGUAUUGCCAUAAGCUGACAUGGGUAUAGAUCUUGCAGUGCCACCCUCCUGCCUCUCUCCUCCCAGAAAUACAAAUGGGUAUGGGUGAAUGGCCAGGGAAACCUGAUAAAAUGGCAAGGGGGGUGGGAGUGGUAAAUGAACAGUUUUUUCACCUUCAUAUGAUAGUCUAAUAUUUUUUUUCUUGUACCUUUUCUUCCUCUAAAGAUGUCAGUAGAAAAUCCCCUUUAUGAUAGUUCAACAAAGUGAAGAAGCUGAGAAACAAAUCAGAUAUGUCCUGCUGAUUGUCAAGAGGAAGAUUUAUCAAAGUGAUCCUCACUUUUCAUGCAUAGGCAGGAAUUUUCAAAUUUGUGUAAACUCUGUAACCCGUAAGGGUAUCUGGCAUCUAAUUUCUCUCUAGGGUAUUACUGUUGAAUCAAAAUUAGUUUUAUAAGAACUCGAGAAAUGAUAAAAAACUUGAAGAGCUCUUGAUUGUUUGCUUAAUUCUCCUUGUCAGUGCCAUAGGAAAUGAAUGGAGAAUGUUAUGGAGAAUAUUCUUGCUUAUGAUUGGAUGCGAG